GAGAAGGAGGCAGCUGGCACGUAGAGAAGCCGCUCGUCCUCUUGGGACAUUGGAAGGAAGUUUAUCUGGGCUCCGGCCCAAGGAGCAGAACAAGAGAAGGACGGAGCGUGGCGGAUAACAUGCUUCCUGUGUGUUAAACUGCGCUCAGGGAAGCAAAGACGGCGCGCCAAGGAUGCUCGUGAGGAGACGGCAAGCCGCCGCGGGGCCCUGAAGGGUGGGCACCUCGCCCCGCCUUGCCGUCCCCCCUCCUCCGAAAGCAACAAGUUUUAGCGGCGGGGCUCCUUGGACUUCGGGGGCGGCGUAGCGUCCCAGCCACCCAAGGACCGCCGCUCUUGUUUCGGAUGAGACUGUCCCCCCGACCCCGGCUGCCUCCUUUCGGCCUCUAGGGCCUAGUCCCAUGAGGUCGAAGCGUCAGCCUCUUGCUGUUUGUUUUCCCAGGCUCAGCUCGGACGGACGGGAGGAGAAUGAAAGAAGAGGACUUUCCUGGAGAAGACGAGGAAAUGCCUUCCUUCAGAUACAGACCAAAUGGCCGAAUGAGGACCAACUGCAGUCAAUGUGAGAAAAACCUAACACUACAGACAUCUGUGAAAGUGUUGUAUGUCUUUGUUGUCUUGCUGGUAGUGGCAGUGGUGGUGCUGGCAGCUUUAGUUUUCAAGAAAGUGGGAUCAAUAGCUGAUAAAUUUAACUCAACUCAGACAUAUUAUGAAAAGACAAUUGUGUCAGUCCAAGAAAAUCUUCAGGAACUAGAUCAGAAAUCAAUGGACAACUGCUCCUUAUGUCAUGACGCAGGGCAACUUGGACAAGAAAUUAGCAAAUUGCAAAAGGAGCUGGAGGAGAUUCAGAAGAAGCUCUUAGCCCAGGAUGCACUACUUGAUCGAGCUGGACAAGCCCACCAGCAGCUUUCAUCUUCCAGCAGCAAGAUCACCGAUGAAGUGGAUAGAUGUUUCUAUUCUGUUCAGCAGGUCAACCAGAGUUUGAGCCUCUUUCUGGCCCAAGUGAUGGGCUGGCAGGCUGCCACUUCUCAGCUAGGCAGCUCACUCAAGGAGCUAACUCAAGAACACUUUGAUGUUGAAACUGCUGUGCAGCAGAUAAACUUUACCAGUAGGCAGACCUCAGACUGGGUCCAGAUCAUCCAAAGAAAGACAAAUGAGGAGACCCUGACACUACAGAAGAUUGUGACUGAGUGGCAGAACUACACCCGGCUGUUUGGCACCGUGAAGACCACCUUUUCCAAAACAGCUGAUCUGAUCAAGAAUAUUCAAACUAAUUUAGGUGUUGCCUCACAAAGGAUCAGCCAGAAUUCAGAGAGUAUGCAUGACUUCAUUCUCCAAGUAACAAGUUUACAGUUGCAGCUGGACAACAUUUCCUCCUUCUUGGAUGACCACGAGGAAAACAUGCAUGACUUUCAAUACCAUACUCAAUACAUGCAAAAUAGGACAGCUGAGCACUUUCAGACCUUAGAGGGCCGUAUGACAUCCCAUGAGAUUGAGAUCAGCACAAUCUUUACCAACAUCAAUGCCACUGAUAGCCAUGUUCACAGCAUGCUCAAGUACCUGGAUGAUGUGCGACUCUCUUGCACACUGGGCUUCCACACACACGCUGAAGAGCUUUACUACCUGAACAAAUCAGUCAGCCUCAUGAUAAGCACCACCGAUCUUCUGCGGGAGCGUUUUAGCCUGCUCAGUGCCCAGUUAAACUUUAACAUUCGCAACCUUUCCAUGGUCAUGGAAGAGAUGAAAGCUGUUGACAUCCGACAUGGGGAGGUCCUGAAGAACAUCACCAUCAUACAAGGUGUUCCUGGUCCACCUGGCCCCAGAGGAUUCAGAGGAGAGCUUGGCAUUAAAGGGCCACCUGGAAGCAGAGGAGUAAAGGGUGACAUGGGGAGUCUGGGCCCUCCUGGGCCACAAGGGUCCUUGGGCCCUCCUGGACCUUCCGGACCUAAAGGCGAGAGAGGCGCUGUGGGCGCAAAAGGCCCCACUGGAUUCAAAGGAAGCAAGGGUAGCUUUGGACAAGGGGGUUCCAAGGGGCGGGCAGGCCCCAAAGGGGACCCUGGAUCUCCAGGUCCUGAGGGGGCCAUUGGUCCUCCUGGCCCGCCUGGCCCAUCUGGGCAACCGGGCAUCCCAGGGAAACCUGGGGCCCCUGGUCCUUUAGGGCUGAUGGGCCAAAAGGGGCACCCUGGAUUACGAGGUCCGCGUGGAUUUCCAGGGCCCCCAGGACCUCCAGGAUUGUAAAUUCUCCCUUUUUUUUCUCCCCUCCCAAAAAGUUUUAAUGUUUGCUGCAGACACCUGUCUCCCCAGGAAGGCAAAAAGAUAAUGAGGAAUGGAUGGUGCAGUCAUUUAGCUUGAAAAAUUUCUUCAAAUCACUGAACUUCCUUAAUUUUCGGAACUUCAAAUUGCAGCUGCAAAGUAAGUAGGAGGAGCAAUCGCUGGUAAUUAGAAUACAUGGUUUCCAUGUAAACGGUCCUAAAUCCAGUCUCUAACAUCUCCAUAGAGGGCUAAAGCUCUAGAGACAUAUUGCCACUUAAUAAAGCCCAGAGUCACUUGGUUCAGUAGGUGGCUAUAGAAAUUGAAUAAAU